AUGGUUAACGGUUUAGAAGUUAGAUAUGAAGAAAAGCAUGGUUAUGGUUUAUUUGCCACGAGAGAUUUCGAAAAAGGCGAAAUUAUAUUAUCAGAAACUCCCCUUAUAAACACAUUAUCUUCAAAACGUGAUCGUACUUUCGCAUGCACAUUCGAUGUUGACUUGAACGUAUUCUCAAUUUUCAAAACAUUCUUUGACGCUUCUCCAGAAGUUCAAAAUGUCAUAUUAAAUAAGUUCUAUCUUCCUCCUCAAGACCAAUUUGACUCGGCUUGGUCUUCAAUUGGGUCCGCAAAUAUUGAUAAAAUCAUUAAAACUUGUAUAAACCGAGUUGAAGCUUGGUCGGACAUACCUGAAGAUACUUUUCGUAAAGUUUUCAUGAUUUUCACUUUGAAUUCUCAAGAUUUCAGCUCGGAUGGUUCUGAUGGUUCAGCUAUUUUCGUAUUGGGUAGUAAGAUGAAUCAUUCUUGUGAAGCAAAUACUUUUUACCAGGCUAUUGAUGGCCAAGGUAUCCAUACUGCGGUUGAAAGGAUUUCAAAGGGCGAACAAAUUACCACAGAUUACCUUGGUAAGGAUAGCAUCCUCUCAAAAAGUGUAAGGCACAUGAUUCUUAAACGUACAAAGUUGUUCGCAUGUGAAUGCCCGAGGUGUACCGAAGGAAUGGAUGUGUCACGUGGUUUGCCUUGUCCAAAUUGUUCUGGAUGUAUUCAGAACCCGAGAAGGAUGAGCGGAGGAUAUAUUUACUGGUAUCCCAUGUUAUCCACCUCAAAGACUUCAACGGCACAGAGUUAUUGGUUAUGUGAUAUGUGCAAUUCACGUUUCGAAGACAACAGUCCAAGACUUCAUAACUUAUUUACAAGAGAAGCAGAUUUAGUGCAAAGGGUGAUUGCUCUCGAAGAAAAAUUAAACAACAAUCCAUUUAUAAGUCGUUCUCAGUUAACUGAUCUCUACAACACUUGCUUAACUCAACUUGGUACUCGUCAUUGGACUUAUGUCAUCAUUCUCAAGAUUAUCAUUCUUUUCGAUGCAUCCAAUGGUAAAUUACAAUCAAAGAACACUAUAAUUGAACACCUUGAUCAAGUUUUGACCUGGUAUGAAAGAAUUGAUUUUGACGUUCCAAGAUAUUUAGGCGUUUUUGUAUUGAGAGUGGCUAGUGUAUUAAUUCAAGCUGGUGAAUAUGGUAUUGGGUUAUUCUUCCUUGAACGGGUAUUUGAUGAUUUUGAAUAUGGCGACACAUUCGUUCAAGAUUACAAAUUCGCUUUGGAUCUUAUGGCCAAAUGUCGUACUGCAAUAGCACAUACAACAUAUAUAAAAGAUAAUGUGGUUACAAACCAGAUAAACUGUGUUGUAUAA